AUGCGAAGGCGGUCAACGGGCCUGUAUUACUUUCUGCGCAUCUUCGACUUUACCUCACUCGCAACCACAUUAAACCUGAGUCUUGGAGGGAUUCAUAUAAGUGCCGAAUAUGACUACAGCACAUCGUCCCACUUUCGACCCGUGCAGGCCCAGGGCAAAGAGGCCCUCCGUGGCCCGGCUUAUCACCAACGGCUCCUGCCUGCUUAUAUGCAUUUGAAAGUUCGACAACCAGGCCAGGGCGGCGAAGCCGAUCGACCACGCGAUCUCAGGGCCGAACUAUUGGCAGCAGAAGCAGCACACUUUUCAAAGACCAAAGGCGUCCAGGCGGAGGCACCUGCUGAACCGGUUCCGAGACUCAAACGCGACCUCGAAGAGGAUGCGGAAGCAAACUUGGACGAGGAAGACAUAGAGGCAAAACGGCGGCGGAUACUGGAGGAAACACGUGAUAUAGACGCUGACUCGGUGGGAUCGGAUUCAGAUAGUAGUGAUGAAGACAGCGACGAUGAAGAGGAUGAAGCCGCUGAGCUGAUGCGCGAACUCGAGAAGAUUAAGCGCGAGCGACAGGAACAGAAAGAGAAAGAGGAGCGCGAGAGGGAAGCCAAAGAGCAAGAGCAGCGAGAGUUCGACAUUGCGCGGGGCAACCCAUUAUUGAACCCACAGGACUUCAAUAUGAAGCGUCGAUGGGAUGACGAUGUUGUCUUUAAGAACCAGGCUCGCGGCAGUGAAGUCAAGAAAGGGCCCGAGUUUGUUAACGUAGAGCUCUCCGAUCCCCUUUUACAGGACCUUUUGCGAUCAGACUUUCACAAACGAUUCAUGUCGAGAUACGUACGAUGA